AUUUAGACCACGCAUGAGGCCGAGUCAGAAGUCAAAGUCAGAGUCUUCCCAGUUCGCUCCGUCUGAGUCACCGAUUGGACUGAAAUUAUCCUUCCUCCUGAAGACAACAGAAUAACGAGAUUAGAGGGUAAACAUGUCCACAGAUAAAGAGCUCGAGGAUCUUAAUGAAGAGGAUAUCGAUGAAGAUGAAAUCCUGGCGAUGCUUUCGCCCGAGGAGCUCCAGGAGCUCCAGAGUGAAAUGGAUGUUAUGAUCGCCCCUGAUGAGAGCGUACCGGUGGGGCAGAGACAGAAGGACCAGACGGAGAAACCUCCAACGGGGUCGUUCGACCACAGAUCGCUGGUGGAUUACCUCUAUUGGGAGAAAGAGUCGAAACGAAUGCUUGAAGAAGAGAGAGUGCCCGCCACUCUGCUGCCCAGCGAGAAAACCUUGAGAGAAGAAGCAGAACAGAAAGAAUCAGAGGAAAGCUCUGGUGACGUGAAAUACGAGGUCUACGAAGUGAUCGAAGAGGUGAUUGAGGAGGAAGGUGCAGAUUGUGCAGACGGAGAGGAAAUUAUAGAGGAGAUCAUUGAAGAGAUAAUUGAAGAAGUUGAUGAGGUCGAUGAAAAGAGGAAAGCAGUGGACGUGAAAGAAGAGGAAGUGGUGAAGCCACCUGUGAAAUCUGAAGGUACAGAAAAGCCUCCACAGCCUCCGCAAGACGCAGAUGAAGGUAAAGCUGAGCGGCAGCUUCCUCCAGUCACAGAAGAGACACCUGCAGCCUCGAAUCACAGCACUGAAGAAGAAAGAGAGAAAGAUGCGUGUACAGACAGUUUGCCUUCAGAGAAAGCACCGGAGCAGCCAGAGACAAAGGAAUCCAGUGACUGGGUCCCGCCGAAAGAGGAAAGGCAAAUUAACAAAUUAAAAAUCCCCAAGCUGACACUGAAUACAAUGAAAAUGACGUCAAGGCCUUCGGGAAAUGAGACCAACUUGGAGUCGACUCUUGACAAGAUCCGGAACAACAACCCCUCCAUCACGGAGGUGAACCUCAACAAUAUUGAGAACAUUCCCAAAGAGAUGCUCCUGGACUACGUGAACGCCCUGAAGAAGAACAAACACGUGAAAACCUUCAGCAUAGCCAACACCGGGGUGGAUGAAAACAUCGCUUACAACCUGGCCAACAUGCUCCGGGAGAACCGCAGCAUCAUUACCCUGAACAUCGAGUCCAACUUCAUCACCGGGAAAGGCAUCGUCGCCAUCAUCCGAUGCCUCCAGUUCAACGAGACGCUCACCGAGCUGCGUUUCCACAACCAGAGGCACAUGCUGGGCCACCACGCCGAGAUGGAGAUCUCCCGCCUGCUCAAGGCCAACAACACGCUGCUGAAGAUGGGCUACCACUUCGAGCUGCCGGGGCCGCGGAUGGUGGUGACCAACAUCCUGACCAGGAAUCUGGACCGCCAGAGGCAGCUGAGGAAGGAGGAGCAGAAGCAGCAGCAGCUGAAGGAGCAGAGGGAGCUGAUGCAGAUGUACGAACACAGUCUGAACCUGCCUCCCGGGUUGCUGCAGAUGUUGGGGUACUUACCGCCUCUAGAGCUGCUGAAGGAGCGUGGACUCAUCCCGCCUUCUGCAGACCUGAACGCUCCGCCUCAAACGCACCAUCAAGCAGAGCAGCCGGAACCACAGAAGCAGCGCAAACUCAACAAAAUCCCCAAAAAGCCGUCAACGGCGAACCAGCCGGGCAACGCGGAAACAACCAACCCCCUGAAGAACGUCCAGCUGAAGAGGACUCCCAAAAAACGAGAUCCAUUCCUAGACCUGGACCCGAGGGAGGACAGGAGAGCGGAGAAGCCGAGUUUCCAGCUGAGGAAGACCCCCAAGGUGAGGGAUGCAGACGGCGGAGACACGGGAGAUGAAAAACCCAACUUGAAAGACAUGAUAAGGACUCUGAAGCCUGUCCCUCGCCGACGAGUGCCUCCGAAGGUCGACCUCACGCCGCGCGAUCAGCUCCUGGACGAGAUCAAGAAGAGCAACGUGGCGUAUCUCAAAUCUGUGCCGCUCCCCAAAGUGCUGGAAUCAGGUGAAACGAGUCUGCUCUGAGACGUCGACUCAUGCCGAGUGUUGAGUUUACACACGACUCGCUGCACAGCAGCAGUGCAUUAGGCUAUACGACUGAACUGCAACGUCACGGCACUUCAAAUAAAAAUAUCGAUUUGUUUCUGUUCUACUGUUUAUGUUGCAAUAUUUAUAAAGUUAUUAUAAUUAGUGUUAAGUCACUGAAACACACGUGUUGAAUUCACAUUGAAAUGUGUUUCAUUUGUGUUGUCUUUUCAAUGGCAUGAUAAAAAACUGUUUUCACAGAGGAGUUUUUUGUAUUUUCCGAAAUGUGUAACAUGCUGGAAAUGGAUGGAAACUGAGACGAAGAUUGUUUGAUUACAUGUGAUGAAUUUUAACUUUGGCACAACAUUUAAAUAUAGUUGCAUUUUGCUAUAUUAAAAAAAAAAAAACCUUUCAUUCUUUGCCUUGGACCUUUAUCAUUGU